UCUUCCUUUCACGUGCUCAUCGUUCAGCAUCGAGUGGCGGUCGUCGGUUGGUCGGUCGGUUGGUGACGGUGGCGUUAGUAGCAUAGUAGUAAGCGCUAUACAUAAAGGCAACGGAGAUGUUAAUAGAUCCUUUAUUCAGUUCGUAUACGAAUGCAACAAUAGACUAUCAGUGCAACAAAAAAAAACACCGUUGAGAGAAUCACUCUCCACACAGUCGAGCUGUGCAGAUUUGUUUGUAACUAUUUUGCAGAGAAUCGCGAGCGUAGAGGAUCCACCGUUCUGCUUCGGAAAAACUUGGCGGCGGUGUGGCAGAUGUAGCAGUACAGAAAAAACCUAUUACUUAGAUCUACAGUUAAUAAAAGGGAAGCUUGCGGAGUUGUGAUGAGACAGUUGAUUUCGGUGUUCUGAAAGUGAAGCAGCAAUUAUUCAGCGCGAGCAGCCGGUGUGUGUAAAAAGGACAACAACGAAGCAAAAUGAUGAAGUUUUUGGGUCUAUCACUAAUCCUCGCUCUGACCAUCGUGGACCAGACGUUAGCACAGAACAACCAGUACCUACCUCCGGACAAGGGAUACGCCUACGAUAAGCCAAACCAAGCCUUCCCAUCUGCCACCCAGCCACAGCAGGUUCGGCCAUCCCCUCCGGCCCCACCUCGGCCAGCUCCAUCCUACGGACCACCACCACCAGCCGGAGGUGAUACUCAUGUUCACGAACCGGGAAUGCCGUUCGAUUUCAACUACAACGUGAACGAUAUCGAGAGUGGAAACGACUACUCGCACAACGCUGUCAGUGACGGUGAUGUGACCCGCGGAGAAUACCGUGUUCAGCUCCCCGACGGACGGACCCAGGUCGUGCGCUACACUGCCGACUGGAAGAAUGGGUACAACGCUGAGGUGACGUACGAAGGUGAAGCCAAGUACCCCGAAGGACCAGGUCAAGGCGGCGCCAAUUCAGAGAAAACCGAUUUUGGAAAACAGAUUCUGAAGCACGCGACAACGCACACUCUUUCCGACGCAGGGCGGAAACUGGUUGUCGAUACGGUCGCUCGCUUUCACAUAUCCCUGGGGCGUAAAACUACCGUCGAAACAUUGAGUGACCUCAGCGACGUGAUCGUAUGCGUCUUCACUCACGAAUCGAAGGAGACGUACUAUUUACCAAAAGCAGGCCGAACGAAUCCCGGCGGAAAGAUCUUUAGCAGAAUAAAUUAUAUAAAGCAGUCCGAACGUCAAAGAGCCAAUAAAGAGAAAACGCAUACCGCUCCCGAAAUCGAAGGGAACAUCGAAUCUUGUGAACAAACGGCUGAAGUACAAGCAGCAGUGCAGUGGCUCAGCUUAAAUACAUCCCCUUGGCCAACCGUACUUUCGCUGUGGGCAGUCAGUUUCCCUACGAGGAAGCAAUUUUUGCGGAAAUUUGGUCAUGCGCAGCAGUUGAUCAACGACUAUCCACAGCUGCAAGAAGAGUUUGGAUACCAACUGUUGGAUAUUGAUUUUUGGAAGCUCGGUUUGGGGAACCCGGCAGAAUAUUCCCAAAAGUGGGAGGCACUAUAUGAACCCGUGGCACAAUUCGUAAACAAGAACGGAAAGGACUCUUCGUCGAAGCGCUUGGUGCAAGGUUUAAGAAACACCGCAAAUUCUUCCGAUAUUCGUUUACUGUAUCUUCUUCACGCUUUAAGCACAGUGCUUAUUCCAGUCAAAGCGUCAAAGGGGUUCAAACCCACCGUGUUGGUCGCACAAUCGGACACCUUCAUGCUGGCUGGCAGCAGAGAUUUAGGGCAAAUCAAACUCCAAGAAACACUGGAAAUUUACGAGAACCAAAAGAUUCCUGUGGCCCCAAAGCUGAUCGUGAUUGGGGAUUCAUUGGAAACUGCUUCGGGACAGUGUUUCGUAGUUUAUAAAACACUUCAUUAUGAGCUGUCUACUAUUAUGCGUGGAGUCGAUGUGCAACUCAAACUGCAAAUGGUGCUAGGGUUACCAGUUUCUCGGUUCUCUAAAUUGGUUUGGAUUUUUAUAGAGAAAUUUGUAUACGAAGCAGAGCCAUCGCAGGGCAGUUAUAUGGCUCUCUACUGCUGUCUGUUCCUGCUAGCUGCUAUUUUAGUGGCAAACGCUAAACCGGAGGCUCCACUCAAUUCCUAUCUACCACCGGGGCAUAGUCAUGGAAAUAACAAUAACGGGUUUCACGACGAUCGCCACAGCCACGGCGAUGAUCGCCACCACAACAACGGAGAUCAUGGCGACAACGAUCUAGUGCCACCUUCGUCCAGUUAUGGUACACCAGAUAGCAGCUAUGGACCACCGCAUCAUCAGUCGGGCUUUCGACCGGAUCAUCAUGAACAUCACGAGCACCACGAGGAUCAUACCGAUUCGUAUGACGAUGAACCGGCAAAAUAUGAAUUCACCUAUGAGGUCGACGACGAGGAUGCGGAUCUUUCCUUCGGACACGAAGAAAUGAGAGAUGGAGAUUACACCACCGGGAAGUACAACGUAUUACUUCCCGAUGGUAGGCGACAGAUCGUGGAGUACGAAGCUGACAAGAAAGGAUAUCGGCCAAAGAUUACCUACGAGGGCGGCGAUGAGCACCCGCAUCACCACGAUCACCCACAUUUGCAUAAACAUCACCAGGGAUAUCCACACGAGACGCCUCAUAACCAGCUGGGAUACCCGGAGAGUGGACAUCAUCACCAGGAGGAGGAACAUGCUCGCGAAGGCGGACACAGCCGGGCAGAUCACGGCAUUCAUGAUGGUGGCCAUAAUGGUUACGACAGCAAUGGCCAUGAGCAUCAUGGCCACCAUGGAAAUGGCUACUCGAAUGGGAACGGAAAUGGUCAUCACCGUCGGCGGCACUCCAGUGAUGGCCACGGAAGCAAUGGUCACGAUCCUAACGGAAAUGGGCACAAUCAUGGACAUAACCAUCACGGUGGUGGGAGUGGAAAUGCGAACGGAAAUGGCAAUGGAAACGGUGGUCAUCACCAUGGAGCAGGACAUCGUCACAAUGGAUAUCAUUAGUAUUUAGGGAGAACCGGAGAACGGAACACGACCACAGCACGCACCAAUGACCGAGGCUCAACUCAAGUUGAACGAAUGCAUUUAAUCCCCGUGUAGUACAAAUUAGCGAUACUUAUUUAUUUAUAGACAUGCUAUUAACAAUGCUAUUAACAGGUACUUAAAUCGGUCCAAUUGCCGAUUAAGUAUCACUUCGUGGACCAUUAAUCAACUUAUAUAUCCUAUACAAGUGUUAUUUAAGUAGAUAGCAACAAUACGCUCAAGCCAGUAAGCUAAAAAACUAAUGAAGCAAUAAAGCACCACACCAGCAAGGCAAUCAUCGAAACAAAAAAUCCACUGGUCCCCGUGGCCAAUACGCUGGAUUCGAUGGUUCAAAAAAUGAUCACAAAA